AGUUACCCCUCUGCGCUCUCCUGAAGGUUCUCGCGAGAGUUUCGUGCCGAUCGCCGACGGGGUGGACAAGAUGGCGGCCACAACGACCAUCUCCUUGGGUACGGAGUCCAUUAAGAUGGAAAAUGGUCAAAGCACAGCAGCCAAACUGGGGCUCCCCCCCCUCACACCCGAGCAGCAGGAGGCCCUCCAGAAGGUUACCGAAGCACGCGUCUCAAAGCCACGGUUUAGAGCCUACUGUUCCCUGGCACCUCCCAAACACGUGCAGCCAUGGACAGCAGAACCUCUUUGUCCAGAUGUUCUGAGUGGAAAGGAUUUGAAGGAGGCAAUCUGUGCUGCCCUCAUCCCAGCAGGCAAAGAAGUAUGCGAUGGAGCAGAGCAUCAAGAGUGUGCUGGUGAAGCAAACCAUCGCCCACCAGCAACAACAGCUAACCAACCUGCAGAUGGCAGCAGUGACAAUGGGCUUUGGAGAUCCUCUCUCACCUUUACAAUCGACGUGUUGGACAGUGGCCGCUGCAGAAAGUGUCCCAUAAGCUCCACUCUGCAUGCAAAAGUUCAUUUGCAAGUAUUUGCCAUCGUGUUGGAACGUAACGUUUCUGUUUGGAGUCAAAUGCAUCUGGUGGCCUGUCCUGCAAAGCGUAAACCAAAAGUAAAACUGCCCGUUUCCCCUCCUGUAAUGCUGUCGUGGGAGGUAGCGUGUCAGCAGGGCAGCCUAGAUGGAACUGAUGGAUGUGUGGAAUGGAACAGGAGCAGGUAUCUCAAUGUGGAUUCUGCACAGGCGGUUUCUGAGCCCCCUGUGCCCAAGAAACCUUUACCAGUUAACGUAGAUGCUUACUUACAGCUUGAAGCCCACCGAUUUUUGCUUAAAUUGUAUAGCUCAUUAACAGAUGGGCAGCAGACGAAAAGUACGUAGCGACGGCGUGGCAGGAAAUGACUGAUUUCUCAUGAGGGGCAGAGUUGGCAUUACGAAUCCUUUCCCUCAGACUGCGGGCACUUGGAGAGAGUGCUGCUGGAGGGGCAGAACCUGGAGGCAGGAGCCUGAAUCGCUGCCUUUGGGCGCGCUCUGCCCAGCAGCUGCCCCUCAGGAAUGUAGGAAAUGCAGACUGGCUGCGUCCAACACGUCCUGUGGGUGAGAUUCCUCAUUUCCUACGUGAAGGAAAUACAGCCUGAGCUUCCUAUUGGGAUAUCUUAGUGCCUGUCACUAAAGCUUCCUGUCUACUUAAUCCUCCAAGCGUUACAGCUCGAGGUUUCAAUUUUGCAUCAGCAAGAUGAGCACAAUUUCCUGGCGUUGUUGUGUUAAAACUGAGGCUGGUGGUGAUGGUUUUGCAUCGCCUCCUGCCCUUAAAAGCAGCAUUCCGAGGUGAUGUUUUGGCUUCUCCUUAAAAUCACCUUCAUAAACACUUCCCAACAUUACACUGAUACAAAGAUUAACCGGUGCCCGUGAGAGGAGGAUUGCGGGUACCUGAAGCUCCGUUUGGAGAUGGAGCAAGAGGAUCAGUGGCCAGCAAAAACAACUUGAUGUAGUCAGUGAAAGCCAAUGCAUUUCUGCCCAUGAGUUUCAGACACACAGGUGUACAUUACAUCCUUCCCCCAAAUCGGUGCUGCUGAACCGUGUCAGUGACCCGCGUGUGCCUGCAGCCAUCAUAUCUGUCCAAAAUUCUGCCUUUGUCAGUCCUGUUUGCCAAUGUGUUCCAGAUGUAACAGCCCUGACGUGGCCCGACCUGUUUCAGAAUCCGUGCAGCAGUGCAAGAUGUGCAUCCUCUCCUAAAGGUUGCUGCCGUGGGAGGAGGCAGAGGCCACAUUUCUUGCCACUGUUGCACCGAGAACUGAAAAGAAGGGAGCCCGUUGAUUUUCAACCCAGUCUUCAGAAGGUGGCGUUUGCCUCUGCCUGGAGCGGGGCUGCAGUGUCUUGUCUGAGAGCACCCUGCAUUUGUCUCACAGUCAGUGUCAGUGUGGUGAGGCACUUUGCUCAGGCACGGGGUCGGAAUGGUGGUGGCUCUGAACUGAUGAAUGGAUGCAGCACACGCACUGAGGGUCUGCUGGGCACUGGCUUUCGUGCACCAAAGCUGGGAAGGUGGUGGAGAACCUGGGAGACGACACGUCCGCUGUCGUGCUCGUGCCCUGGUCCUCCCAGCCACAGCACUGCAGAGCUGCUGACAAACGGCUGGUUUUUAAUUGUGUGAAAUACUUAAACCCAACCAAGAGGCAAGUUUAAUAUCGCUUCAGGAGCGGCCGUACGGGGUGAGAACCGUUCCUGUUUAUAGCAUCCCUGUUUUGUGCAGCGGUAGGAGUUGAACCUUCACCGCUUGUUUCCUCCUAUGGUCAGGGAGAAGAAUUCCUUCAGGUACGGUUCAUGUCUACAGUCCCACGAUUGUCAAAGUUGGAACACUGCCCUUGUGCUCUGCCAUGCGAGCCGUGGCGUCCCCAGACACGUCAGAGCUCAUUGUGCUCAUGCUUGUUACAGCAUUCUGAAAGAGGGUCACUCAUCCAGGCCUCGAUUGCAGACCCCUUCACCACCAGUGGUGGGGGUGACGUGGAUGUCCAGCACUGCCCGCCUUUGAGCCAGGAAUCGUGGUGCUGGGAAGGGAGAGGCAUCGAGCUUAACGCUGCCUGCUCUGCUCCAGCCUGUGGGCCUUCCUGCCCCGCAUUUGUCCCAUGUGUUCCACGUAGAACAGCAGCACGGCCCUGUGCACACCUCCAACACACGAACUCAGUCCUGCUGGUUGUAGGGAGCUGCCUCUCCAGAGACUGCCCUUCUGCCUUGGUCCCAAGACGUGCUCGUAGGACGUGCUGGCCAAAGCUGUGACUUUAGUAGGCAGCGUCUUCCUAAAAUAAUGUUAAUUGGUAUUAGCCAUUCUAGCAUUGCAAUGUGGGUGAAAAAUAAUUGAAGGAUACUGCUUGAUUGGAUACCUGCUUUAAGAAAUGUCUGGAUUUGUCUUGUAAACAGGUUUUCAGGCAUACUUAGGAGAAAGUAGCACAGAGACCUUCUCUGCACCGAAACUGAUAAGGGCGGAGCCUUGGGGGGCUGCACCACUAUCUGAGCCAGUAACGACAGGCAGUGAUAAGUACUAGCACCACACACUUAACUAAGAAGUUUCGUUUAACUUUUUUAUUUUCUUUUGUUGUUUUUUUUUUCUUUUCUUUUUUUCCUUUAGCUUUUGUUUUGUUUUCCUUUUGCAAUGUGCGGUGGAAGUGGUGCCUAGUACUGGAUCUCAUACUGCCUGG